GAGAACUUAUUAAAACUGGUGAUAUCAUUCAAGAGCUUCAUUAUGGUUCAUAUUUACGAGACUGGUGGUUUUUUUCUGAUGACAAUCUUAUCCCUCCUAUUCCUAUACGUUUGGGACUUGAAAUUAUGAUACAACUUAAUAAAAAAUCUUUUAUUAUUCGUGUA